AUGCUAUUCUGCGUGUCAUCCCGUCGGAGGUUCAGAUAUGCCAGCUGCAGUGGUGCUGGGGCGGAGAGCUGCUGCCGGGUUCGCAGCAGCUGCAGCAGCAGCAGCAGCAGGAUAUGCCAGCUGCAGUGGUGCUGGGGCGGAGAGCUGCUGCCGGGUUCGCAGCAGCUGCAGCAGCAGCUGCAGCAGCAGCAGCAGCAGCUGCAGAUGCAAGACAACGCAGGCAUGCAGCCCAUCAUAUCUCCUGCUGGCUUCAGCUACACCCCUGCGGGGCAGCAGCAGCAGCAGCAGCAGCAGCAGCUGCUGCAGCAGGAGAUGGAGGACAUCACCAGCCAGAUACAGCAGCAGGAGCUGCUGCUGCUGCAGCAGGAGAUGGUUUGUUACGGGGGUGCUUCUGUCUGCGCUCCCCCCUGUGUCUUGAAUGAUGAUGGUCCAGGCAGCUUCAGCAGCAGCAGCAGCAGCAGCGAAGCAGCAGCAGCAGCAGCAGCAGCAGCUGCUGCUGCUGCUGCUCCUCCUCCCUUGCUGCUACGCUGCCACAGGGGAGAGAGCGUUGAGGUGUAUCUACACCACAAAAGCGGAUGGCUCUUCGGCAGCAUCCAUGGACAGCCACACAGCGCUGGGCUCUGCCUGCUGCUGGCUCAUCGCCAGCCAGCAGCAACAACCGCAGCAGCAGCAGCAGCAACAGCAGCAGCAGCAGCUGCUGCAGCAGCAGCAAUGCGAGUGGCAGCAUUAACAGGCGCGCGGACUCCAGCGUAUUCGGCGCGCUCAUUCCUUGACCAGCAGCAGCAGCUGCAGCAGCAGCUGCAGCAGCUGCAGCAGCUGCAGCAGCAGCAGCUGCUGCAGCAGCUGAAGCAGCAGCUGCUGCUGCGAAGCGCGGCGGACUGCUGCGCUGAGAGGGGUAUAGAUUUUCCUAAGACAUAUGCAGCACGAAAGCGCACAUAA